CCCGCCGCGGCGCGCGAGGCCUUCCGCGCCGGCCUGCGCGUGUCCUUCGCCCACUUCGUCCAGUACCUGCUGGACCCGCACACCGAGACGCUGGCGCCCUUCAACGAGCACUGGCGCCAGGUCUACCGCCUGUGCCACCCGUGCCAGAUCGACUACGACUUCGUGGGGAAGCUGGAGACGCUGGACCAGGACGCCGCGCAGCUCCUGCGCCUGCUGCGCGUGGACCGGCGGCUGCGCUUCCCGCCGAGCUACCGGAACCGGACCGCGCGCAGCUGGGAGGAGGACUGGUUCGCCGAGAUCCCC